AGGUACAGGUAAGACAAUCAGUCAGUUUGUCUCUGCACAUAACUGUGAACAAUUCUGUGAAUUUAACACUUUCUAUACUGCCUACAAUGAACCAUAUAUUACAGGCUCUAUAGACAAGACCGUAGAAAGAGCAAACGUCAAGCAAGUGGAUGGAAAGCAUGUCAGCUAAUAACCAGACAACCAAUACAGUUGUGAAAGAGUUUUUCAUUCUGGGUUUCCUUGGACUACAGCCGGAAUACUACAACCUGAUUGCUGCAGUUUUCUUGGGCAUCUAUGUAACUGUGGUAGUGGGUAACUCAGUGUUUGUGUUGAUGAUUGUCAUUGAACCAAGCCUGCAAAAGCCCAUGUACAUCAUCAUGAUGAAUUUAGCUCUGGCAGAUAUUGGGUUUUGCACUGUAGUGCUGCCUAAAAUUGCUGUCCGUUACUUGUUUGAUGAUGGAUCCAUUUCUUUCCAUGUUUGUAUGUUUCAGAGGAUGCUUAUCCACUAUUUUUCAAACGUUGAUUUACUUGUAAUGACAACCAUGGCUUUAGAUCGAUAUCUGGCAAUCUGCUUUCCCCUCAGAUAUCCUGUUUUAAUGACCAAUCGAACUAUGAUCCUCUUAACAGGGUUUUCAUGGACAAUUUCCAUGAUUAUUCCUGCCAUUAUCACAAUACUGGCCUCACAGAUGCCUUUCUGUGGACCAAAUCUCAUUAUCCAUUGCUAUUGUGACACAUUGUCUUUAUAUAAUCUAGUUUGCUCUGAUGUUAGCUUCCAGAGCUAUGUUUUCACCUGUUUAGUUAUGUGUGUGAUUGCACUAACUCUCACUGUCAUAAUCUACUUUUACAUCAAUAUUGUGGUGUCUAUAAUCAGAACAGCAAAUAAUCAUAGCAGAGUGAAAGCCUUCUCUACCUGUGCCACACAGCUAUGCAUUAUCUGCAUCCAUUAUGUGCCCCGUUUUGUUGUUUUCACAGCACCUUAUCUACCCAAUGUGAUAUUUGAUAUCAAUCAGAGACUUGCAUUUACUUUGUUUUAUUGGUUAUUCCCACCACUAGUAAACCCAUUCUUAUACUUUUUUAGGGCCAAAGAGAUACGAAAACUGUUCUUCAAAUGGUGCAUCAGUGCACAGAAAAAUAGAAGGGGCCACAAAAUCAAUAUUUUGUCAGUGUUCAAAUGAGGUUCUCCUUACACUUUACAUAUUGGUUUGAUUUAUCAAUGUAUCAAUGUUUAUUUACAGGAAGCUGAAGUCUCAUUUAAGUUUGUGCCCUGUAUAAAUGACAUAAAAGUACAUUCAUAUUGUGAAUGAAGUUUGAUGAUGUAAGUUUAUAUUCAACAACUGGCGCUGCACGUUGCAUACAGUGUCAGAAAUUACAUACACAAUUCAUUUUAUAAUGAUUAAUGACUGACCAUUGUUUGAAGCUAAUGUGUCACAUUUUAACAUACUACAUUUACAUAAAUGGUAAAUUACACAUACAA